AUUUGGUGUUGAUAAUAUAAAAAAUUUGAAGAAAUUAUCAACAUUAUAUUUACAAAGAAAUGAAAUACAAAUAUUUAAAACAGGGAAUAAUACAGAAUUAUUUGAUUCAUUACAAAUAUUACAGACAUUUGAUGUAUCAGGAAAUCCGAAAACAAAAACAAAUAAUACAUGCUUUGAUAUUAAAUUACAACAAUUGAAAUUUACAAAUUUAUCCAGAUUGAAUAUAUCAUCGACAAAUCUAUGUAACUUAAUUCAUAGUUCUUUUACACAUUUUAAAUUUUUAAAAAGUUUAGAUAUUUCAUAUAAUAAUAUUCAAUCACUUGAUUGGCAUACUUUAACACCAUUAAUUAAUUUAAAAGAAUUGGAUUUAAGUGGAAAUCGUUUAAGUCAAUUUGAAUAUAAUAAUACAAAGGUUUUCUCGGAUGGUCUUAAAGUUCAACUAAUUGGAAAUCAAUGGAAUUGUUCUUAUUUAAUGAAUAUGCUUAAAUAUUUUAGUAGCAAAUAUAUAGAUUAUUUACCACCAUGGCAUUAUGUUCCAAAAACUGCUAAAAGUAUAGCCGGUAUUGAAUGUAAUGGUGAAAUUGAUGAACCACAAGAAGAUAAAGCUCAAGAAGUUCUUAGAAAUCCGAUAAGAGAAAAAAAUGAAAAUGAAGAGAAUACAGGAAUUUCUGAAAAAAAUAGAGAGAAAAUAAUUGAAAAUGUUAAUUUUAAUUUUGAUGCAAUCGGUGAAAAAUUACAAAAAUUAUUUGGUGAAAAACAACUUGUCGAAGUUAAAGUUCAUAAUAUUGAAGAUAUUCGAGAGAGUAUUAAAAAUAAUUAUUCAUUUUUUUACUUUUUAGUAAUUGUAGUCCUAUUAGUUGUAAUUGUUUUAAGUGUUUGGAAUUUUAUGACAAUUAGAGCUGUAAGAAAUAUAGCUAAAAUUCAACAACGUGUAAGUUUUGAAACGAAUUUAUUAGAUAAUAUUCAGGCGUGAUUUUAAGAAUUUUGUGUAAUAUUUUUUGUUUUAAUUAAAAAUCUUCGAAUUUAUUAAAAAUUUUCAAAUAAAUUUUAUACUAGCUAUUGUUAUGAUAAUCAAUAUUAUGUAUAAUUGUAAAAUGAGUGAUAUGCGAAAAAAAAAUUUAAAAUAUUAAAAAAUAUUCGUAUAGAAAUUUGUUAAGUUUUAUUUUAUUUGAAUUGUCUACAUUAUUUGAUUAUAAAUGAAUUCAAUUGAAUUGUUUUUAAAUAAAAAGUUAUUUUUUAUUUGGAAAAUAAA